UUCUACUGCAAAGAGGAGACGAUGUCUGCAAGAAAGGAACUACAGGAGGCCUUGUGUCGUUACACCUCAGAUACCCUCACCUACAUCCACACAGUGAGGGGAUUCUGUGAGAGGUUCUCUAAAUGGAUGCUCAUGAGGGAGACAGAGCUGCACAUGAUGAAGGAUAUCAAAGACAGAGCUGAUAAAAUCACCUUACACCUGAGUCAUGUUAAACAGUCACAGAACAAAGGUAAGGCCUUCGGGGAAUAUAUGAAGAGCAAGUUUAAAACAGACAGCAGGCGUACAGCGGUGGAGAAGGAGCUGGCUGAAGUGGUGAAGGAUGUUCUGGGAGGUCUGGAGAAGCUGGCCUGCUUCCUGGAUGCAGUGGAGAAGCUGGCCGUCACGUCUCUGCACGUGUUCGCUGAGAAUGAGGUCUUGUCCCUUCCUAAAGACGUCAGCCUUGAUCACGUUCAGGCCGCCAUCUCCACGGCACGACUCAUCUGUCCUCUGCUCCUGGGGUUUAAAAGAGACGCAAACGUCUUCUUCCUUCCCAAACUUCAGAACGCAGACGUCAUGGCAUAUCAGCUGGGUAAAUACAUACAGACCUGCAAGAUCAUCUGUGAGAAGAUGGAGAAAAGCUGCUUCAAUGAUGUUCGCCUGAAGAUGAUCAAAGAAGUUGAAGUAAAACUCAAUGUUGGUUUGACUGAAAGUGACAUACGGCAGAUGCUUGAUCACAUAAAUCAGCUUGAUGAAAUCAGGGUGGACACACACUUCCGGAUGGUGUUCUUGUUCCAAGAGCAAUCUUGUGAAGUUUUCAUCAAGGAGUUCAGUGAGCGUCAGCCCAGGAUGUUGCAGUUCCUUAAUAAGCUGGAGGGAAAUGCAGUUCAGUUAGACCGGAUGAAUAAAGGAGCGAAGAUCUCCAGCGUGGCAGGCAGCUCGGUGGGGGCAGUUGGAGGUGUGCUGUCUAUUGUUGGUCUGGCAUUAAUUCCUGUUACAGCAGGAGUGUCUCUAGCUCUGACAAUGACUGGUGUCGGGAUGGGAGUCACCAGUGGAGUCAACAGCAUCGUCACAACUGCCACUGAAUUUGGUGUUAAUCUCAAACAGCAGAAGGAAGCCAAUGAAGUCCUUCAAAGCUUCAUGGAUGAUGUGACAAAACUCCAGGAUUGUCUGGAGGAGGUUACCAGACAAACAAGUAAAUUGGAGUUGGCUAAAUUUGUAGGCAAGAUGGUCUGUAAAGUUGGAGCAGUUGGUAAAGGCAUUGAUGCACUUGUAGAUGGUGUCUCUGCUUUUAAGCUGUUAAAAAGUGAGGAUCUGGUUUCCAGUGCUGGUAAAGUGGUGGCUCAAGAGGGUAAAGCUCUACGUAACGUCCCAAGGGUGGCCUCAGACAUCCCAGAUGUUGGUCAGGCAGCUGCUAAAGGGUCUCUUGCUGCUACUAAAUCAGCCAGACCCAUUUUCAUUGUGGCCAAUGCUUUCUUCCUUGGGAUGGAUAUCUUCUUCAUCUGUAAAGACGGCGUCAGUCUGGCCAAAGGCAGCGAGACCGAGGUAUCUCAGUUUAUCAGAGCCAGAUCUGCUCUGUGGAGCUCAGAGAUGGACUCAUGGAAGAAGAUCCAUGACUCUCUGUGUGAAGGGCUGGAUACAUCAGGAAAAAAGAAAACUGUCCUGGAGACACUGUUUUAUCAGGAUACUGAGAUGGAGAACCAGAAAAAGGAGGUGGAGGAAAAAAUGAAAGAAAAAUACUAGAAAGAUAGAUUAACUUGUUGUGUACCUCUUUCUAACCAACUUAGAGCUGAUAUCAAUUACAUUUAACCAUAAUUCAUCAAAACUGAUUCUCCAGUUCUUUUUUAAAACUUCAACAAUUUGUAAAAUGUAGCUUUUAGAUGUUUGAUAGUUGUAAAUUUACAGAUUUUGCUUUCAGCUUACAUUUUCUUGAACUGAAUUAUUAAUUAUUCAUUAAAUCUGUGUCAGAAGACAUUUAAUUGUACACAUAAUUUUCAACCUGAAAAAAGAUUAGAAAUAAGAUGAACGGGAAUAUGAUUUUUUAAUUUGAAGAUCAGAAGGAAAUCAUGUUAUAGAAAU